UGUUUAUUUGGAGAUAUAACAUUUCCGUGCAAGGCGGGACAGAUCCACUGGAAACCCAACACUACAUCAAGGGAGCAAUACAAGUGUCUGGAGUGCCCUUCUUGCUUUGAGGGAUUAGAGCCUUCUGUCCCAUGCGGCAGUUCUGUUCCAUACAAUACUCCAGUUCACUGUAUACCAUGCCAGCCUAGUAAAACGUACUCAGACGGCUAUGGCAAAGAGCAGUGUAAAGCGUGUAGGGUGUGUUCCCCAGGGAAAGCCAUAAAAAAGAACUGCACUGUGUCAUCAAACACUCUAUGUGAUGAUAAAUGCUUGCCCGGAUAUUAUACGGUGCCAUUUAUCUUCGGAUGCCAUCCUUGCACAGAGUGCUGUAAUGAUGAGAAAGAUGAAGUCGCUGGAGAUUGUGCAAAUUCGGAGAAGAAAUGCAAAGUUCGCUCAACGCCUUGCGGCAGAGAAUUAAAGCCGUCUACCACCUCUGAAACGGUUAAAGUAUCUACAACCUCACCAACAACGUAUAAGAAGCCGAUAACGAGUGACCCAACUCAGUUAGAAACAAAAGUUGAGAAACAUAUCUCUACAGUCUCACCACCCUUGUCAGGGAACAACACAAAUGGCGAUGACAAUGGCGCAUUGAUAAUUGUUUGCACAGUGUGUGCAGUUAUGGCCACGAUCGGAAUAAUUGCUCUUUUUGCUUCGAAAAUAUGUCGGGGUCGAAUAAACGCGGAUACAUACCUGUGUCAAUGGAACAGAAUUUCGAAUGAUAAACGUGCAGAGGACGUCUCCGAACUUGAAACACUUAAAUCACCAUCACAAGAGCAGCUUUACCAGGGUAAAGUGUCCAAUGUACUAAAUAACUUAUCGGAUGUAAGGGCUAUGUAAGGAGGUAUAAAUUAACACGUAAAAGGUCAUGACCAUGGUCUUGAUGUUACUGUGGGUAGCGUCAAUUUGAUUUUAAAUAUAGCACGUUCGAUUUAUUAAAAUUCUAACAUGACGCCUAGGCUUUAGGGACAAAACUGCUAUAAUCAUUUUUCACAACUCCAUUGUCUCGCAAUUCCCAGAAGAGACUUGUGCGCAAGGAAAACCAAACGAAAUAUAGAAAAAUAACCAGAAAGCCUCGGAGUCACGUUAGAAUUUAAAUAUAUCAAACAUGAGCUGUUGGUGUGCAGCGCAGAGAAGAAUACAUCAUUAAUUUUAUUAUCAUGGCUGAUGUUGCAGCAGGGUGGGGGACUAGAUGGACGACCGGUGUCCUGUAUCUGAGAUACUGUCUGUUCCCAGGAUGUUUCAAAAAUAAACUGGCAAGGGGUUGCCUCUAAAAGAUGACGUCAAAAUCAGAUUUCGUGUACAGCAACAAUAUAGUAGGGGAACUUAUGGGGAAAAUGACACCGCUAAUCUAUUUAUUUGCAAUUUCUAAAAUUUCUUUAGACGACAUGACCCUUAGCGAGUUGCAGGAAAAUAACCAGAAACUAUUUGACCAGAUGUGCUUGAUGCUUGAUAAUGGAAGACAAUCGAUCAGUAGGGACUACGAACGGUUAGCUGCAUGUUACAAUGGAAUUUCACUGGAAGAACGCAACGCUUUGCAUUCUGAGCAUGAUGGCAGCAGAAGUCCUUCAAAAAUGUUGAUGAAUCAUCUCCAGACAAAAUAUCCUAGUCUUCCAAUGCGCCAUUUUGUUCGGACGCUGAAAGAGAUUGGACGAAAUGAUCUUGCUGAAAAGUUAAAGCUUUAUGUUAAGAAAAAUGUUGACAGAUUCCCCGCUUAG